GACCAUGCAGUCGUCCAUCUUCUUCCUGCUGCUUCUGGGUGUGUCCCUGGGUUUGGAUGCUCCACCUGAGCUCAGUGAAGUGAAGCUGGUUCGGGGGAACUGUCCCCUGUACUGGUUCAGCUUCAACGGUCGCUGUUACAAGUAUGUGGCCACACGUACGACCUGGGCUGAUGCAGAGAUCUACUGUUUGUCUCAGGGCGCCCACCUGGUGUCCAUCCACAGCCUGGCAGAACACAACUUUGUGAAGAGUUUGAUCCGUAAUUUUGAUCAAGCUCUGGGACGAACCUGGAUUGGACUCAGUGACAUCCACAAAGAAGGAACAUGGCUGUGGACUGAUGGUUGUCCAGUGGUGUUUACAAAGUGGAAUGCCAGAGAACCAAACAGACUGUUCUUUAAUGAAGACUGUGUGGAAAUUGGUUAUGGUAAAGAAAAAAAUUGGAAUGAUGUUCGUUGCUUUUAUAAAUUUCCCUCUGUCUGUGCCACACGUAAACCUGGCUGUUAG